CUAACAACAAGGAAAUAUAAUUAGGAGUUCUUCCUCCGACAAGUGUAUGGAUGUAAAGUGACGAACUCUUUUUUCGUUUAUACAUAUUUUUACCAAGAAAAGUUUUUCGAUUGUUAGUGGUACUUGUUGUAAUAGAAUGGAGUCUGAAAGUACUAUUGUGUUAGAAUCAUCUGGAGAUGAUUCAAUUUUAAUCCAGACUGUAAAGAACAUUGUCUCAGAGAAUGCUCAUGCUGAAUUAGAAAGUGAGGAAGAAGGAUUUUUUGUUGCGACAGAUGAGGAGGAUGGACAACAGAAUAUGAUAGAAGUGUCUACUCAAGAAUCAGCUGUGACUCAAAACAAUGAGCAAGUGUCUUGGUCCAAUUUAUGUAGAGUAUGUGCUAAUACCAAUGAUCAUGUAAUUCCAAUUUUUGAAGAAGAAGGCCUGCAACAUGACUUGUGCAGUAAAAUACACAAGUAUUUACCCAUACAUUUAUCUGAAGCAGACACACUUCCAUUACAGUUGUGUUAUCAUUGUGCUGCUACAUUAUUAGCAUGGCAUGAGCUUUUAGAAGGAUGUCUAAAUGCAGAAAGAAGGUUAUUAGAAAUGCAGGAUGUUCUACAGGAAAAAAAGGGUUUAGAAAGCUUAGAAGUAACAACGGAGGACAUGAUUAUCUCUAAUGUAUCCGAAUCUCAUCAUCAGCAGCAGGAAAUUGUAAAGGAUGAAGAGUGUGAGGAAAUUGCUGUUAAUGAUUCAGACAGAUGUAUAAAUCGAGGAGUCGGGCUCGACGAGAGAUCGAACGAGUCGAGCAAUACACGAAUACGAGUGCGUUCUAUAACCGAUCUGGAGAACUGUGCACCGAUGAUAGACAACGUUGGAACUAGUAUCGAACGUCGACAGAACGAACCGACAGAAAAUACGGUAAUCACCCACGACGUAGGUGCAAGCCAUGUAGCGGAAGAACGCGACGAGGUAGCUGGUUUAAUAACCGAUCCGGUGAACUGUGUACCAGUGAUCGAUAAAGUUGAAACUAUUAUCGAACCGACAGAAAAUACGGUAAUCACCCUCAAUGUAUCUGCAAGCCGUGUCACGUCCGAAAGCGACGAGGUAACUUGUUCGAAAACCGAUCUGGAGAAGUGUGCAUCGGUGAUAGAUAAGAUUGGAACCGGUAUCGAACCGACAGAAAAUGUGGUAAUCUCCCCCAUGGUACGUGCAGGCCGUUUCAGGGGCAAACGCACCAAGGAAGUACGCGAAGUGCUAAACCGUUCGAAAGUUAAUCUGAACGGAGUCACGCGUUACCAAUGCAGCGAGUGCGGGAGAACAUUGUCCACGUCGUACAAUUUUCUUAUCCAUCGAUACACCCACACCGGCGAAAAACCAUGCACCUGUCAAGUUUGCGGGAAAAAAUUUCGUACGGCGUCCGGUCUGAACAGACACGUGCGCGAAGUUCACAUAGGAAUCAAGAAAUUUGCGUGCGACAUAUGCGGUCGUCGCCAAGCCACGGCAGCGUCGCGAGACGAGCACAGACGCAUCCACACGGGCGAAAGACCCCACGUGUGCGAGACUUGCGGGGAUUCGUUUAAACAGAAGUCAUGCCUGAACGCGCACAAACUGGUGCACACGAAACGUUUUCCCCAUCAGUGUUCCUUGUGCGGCCAAUCGUUUCGGCGAGAGCUGGAAUUACACAAGCACGUUUGCGUUCAUACCGCUGAGCCGCAGAAACCGUAUUAUUGCAGCGUGUGCGACAAACAGUUCGGUAGUAGCAGCGCUUUCAGCCGACACAAACGUGUCCACGAUAGCCCCCAAACGGUGUACAUUUGUUCCAUAUGCAGUACGAGAUUCAGUCAAGAACGUUACAUGAAGUACCAUAUGAAGAAACACCACAAGGAUUUGGUUUCGCUGGAAUGAUGUCGGAAUAUGUUUGUUUUACAGGUGGAAGAACGAGUCCGAGGGC